GGUGUCAAGAAGGAGGAGAAACGGAGAGGAAGAGGAGUCAGACGUCACCGCUGUCAGCACUGUGACAAAUCCUUCACAACAUCAGGAUAUUUAAAGAUUCAUCAGAGAGUUCACACUGGUGAGAAGCCUUACAGCUGUGAUCAAUGUGGGGCAGCUUUCACACAACAGAGUGCCCUGAAAAGACAUCAACGCAUUCACACUGGAGAGAAACUGUACAGCUGUGAUCAAUGUGGGGAAACUUUUUCUCGUGGUGAUGCCCUUAAAGCUCACCAGCGCAUUCACACUGGAGAGAAGCCGUACAGCUGUGAACAAUGUGGGGAAACCUUUUCUCAUAGUAGUUACCUUAUAAUACAUCAACGCAUUCACACUGAAGAGAAGCCGUACAGCUGUGAACAAUGUGGAAAAACCUUUACUAAUAUUAGUCACCUUAAAAGACACCAGCGCAUUCACACUGGAGAGAAGCCGUACUGGUGUGAACAAUGUGGGGAAACGUUUUCUCAGCAUAGUAACCUUAAAACUCACCAGCGUAUUCACACUGGAGAGAAGCCGUACAGCUGUGAAGAAUGUGGGGAAACCUUUUCUUUGAAGCGUAACCUUGAAACUCACCAGCGCAUUCACACUGGAGAGAGGCCGUACUGGUGUGAACAAUGUGGGGAAACCUUUUCUCAUAGUAGUAGCCUUAAAAGACACCAGCGCGUUCACACUACCUCGUUCCAAACCGAAACUUGAACUCAGUAUAGAGCAAACUUCUGUAGAGCAAAGAGAAGAGGCUAAACUUUUGGGUGUGAUAAUUGACAAGAGAUUGUUGGGACAAACAUGUUCAGAAGCUGGUAACUAAAAUGGGCAACACCUUGUCAGUUAUUAAAAGGUGUGCAAACAUCUUCACACCACAGAUACGUAAAAAAGUUCUUCAGGUUUUGUUUUUUUCACAUAUGGAUUACUGCUCAAUAGUGUGGUCCAGCACUUCAGCAAUUAAUAUGAAAAAAUUACAAGUGAUUCAGAAUAAAGCUGCACGUGUGGCUCUCUUGUGUUGGUUUAGAUCAAAUGUUGAUAACAUGCAUGAACAACUCUCAUGGCUUAAAGUUAAAAAUAGAUUUGUGUAUUCGCUAAUGUUUUUUUUUACAUAACAUAACAAAUAAAAAACCUUUUACUUUAUACACAAAACUGUCCUUUAGUACUGCUAUACAUCAUUAUCCAACGAGGCGUGCAGUAGGAGGGAGUUUUAUUUUACCUAAAGUGAAAACUAAAUCAAUUCAGCGUUCUG